GCAGACAUUCUGUCGGCAAAGGUAAAAAUAGGUAGUUACUGACAGUAGAUGAAGUAGUCGAGCAUUCGUAUCUACAGUGCAAUGUAGCUUCCAUUUUUUAAUAAUUUUUUUAUUUUUUCAGUUAUAAAAACCUGAAGGACAGGAAGGAUGUGGACGAAGAAAAGCGGUCCCAGCAUAUUGUUGUAUUUUUUUUUUAAAUGCAACAGUAUAAUUCCCGACCUGUGCAGAAGUGCAAACAAGAGACAGGGAUCUUUGGGAAUGACCCAGAAUUAAGGGGCAAAUAUUGUUUUAUUUGUCCCAACAUGGGAUUCACCAAUCGGUGAGUUCUGUUUUAUCUUCUGAUACCCUUUCUUUGUAGUUCAAACCAGUUUUAAACACGUCGCUAGUGUUUGUUGCCUCGAUACAAUUAUUCAAGUCGAAAAAUCGGUCGAGUUCGAUAUGAGCGCCAUUUUAAUUCUGUGAAAAAGCGCAGUUGCGAGCGCGCAUCAUAUCAAUAUCAAUUCAAAUGCUUAUUUCUUUUAUAUGGUACCAUUUCUCAGAUUCUUUUAAUUCUACUUUGUUUUUACCUUGCAUUCUAUACAAGUAUAGCUCUAUAUAAGAAACACAACAUUAAAUUAAAAAUUGAUUUCUAAUUUUCAUUUUUGUAUCUAAUUUGUUAAUUAGAAUACAAAUUUAAAGAAUCUGAUUAAUUGGUAUUUAGAUUGAAAAACAAUAUAUAAAGCGGGUAAAAAUGGUAAACGCGUAAUAAUAGUAUUAAAACUAGAAAUAAAUGAAUAUUAAAAUAUUUAUAUUAAUUAAAAUAUAAUGAAUUUUCUGACAAUUCAAUUAAAAAAGAGAGUAGUUUUAAUCUGUAUAAUACUGCUAUGAUGAUUUUAUUACACGUCCAUUCCUAGACUGGCACACACACAAUGAUAUUGUAACAGUGUAUAUGUAUAUCGCGUACCCUCAAUCGAGUUUGUGCUGGAGGACUGGAACUGGAAAUGUAGUGGGAGUGGGAAAGAAACUAGACUUUCAGUGUGCACAGUGCAUGCUAGUACAGUACCGACUGUGUUGUCGUUCGCUCGCAUCUUUAACGCGCAGUGUGUUCAAAAAUAUCGUUUCUUCGCGCGUGCUCCAGUGGGUGGGAAAAUUCACAAAUGCAUGUGCCUUGACAAAAAAAAAAAGAAAGAAGAAGAAAUAUCCGCCAAAACUCUUUUUUCUAGAGUGGCGCGGGCGAGUCCACCUGUUACAAAAUAACAUCCAAGUUCGCGGAAAAUGUGAGUCAGUGUGUGCUAUGAUCAGCGACGUCACUACCGCGUGCAGUUAGUUCUCUCUUCUCUUUCUCUUCACACAAAGUCCUGGAGUUUUGCUUUGGCUUCACUCUAUAGUGUCAGUGUGCAUUUCUCCAUUGCAUCCUCUCUCUCUCUCAAAUCCAGUGUUAGUCUGCGUACAUCAUCACAGUUCCACGUGAGUGUGUUACUUUGUGCAUAUGUGUGUAUUUGAGAGUAUUAUUGCAACCCCCUUCAACGAGAUGGACCCGCUAUCUUGACACAAGAGUCAUGUCACAUAUAAUAAUCAUGCUGACGUGACUUGUGUACCAAAGGUGGAAGCGGUACAGCGGCCAAAGUGUCUGCCAGGACUUCUAGCCACCAAACAGGAAAAAAAAUUUCAAGAAAAAUCAUUAAAAGAAAUGAAAAUUUGAAUCUCUUCAUGGGAACGAAUUUAGAAUUUUUCUUACAAAAAGGAGCAUCAAGACGCUCCAAGGAGCGUUUCGAGUCGAACAGAAAGGUGUCCUGAUUGUCAAUAUAUAUAUAUAUAACAAAUAACCUUGGUUCCAAAAACCGAAGCCAAAGUAUUCACUGAUCCGUGACAUUGUGCCUGUUUUUCUCCUACAAAGAUCCAUAAAAGAAAGGAAUCAUCUCUGUGAGUGGACAAAUCGACUCAGCAAAUCUGCACGGCAGCUCUCCUAAUGGCCGUGCAAAAUUAACCCGUACAGUCGUUAAAGAGAGCCGCGGUUAAGAGUCUGAACCUCGAGGAAGUGGAGAACCACCUUCAUCUCGCGUACCGCGUGAUCCCUUUGGACAAAGAAGCGGACUCGCGUUCCGCUACAGGAGAAACAGAGUCAGGUUGUCGUCAUUCCAGAGCCCAGAGGGAGAGGAGAACCUGAAAAGAAAGAAAAAAAAGAGAAGAGAAGCUAAAGAGAGAGAGGGACGAAUAGCGUAACUCUGGAUGAAGAAAAGAGAGAAGCGACCAAACAUUGACAAAGAAAGGUGACCGAAACUCUUGCAGCAAGAGCGAGUGAGUUGUUGGGAAGGGGAAAGAGAGAAAGGGGGGUAAAGCGUUCCUGUGGAGACCGAUGUUCAGGAGCGUACAAUGGCCGGGGCGCUUUCUGGGAAUGCCCCACAGCCCAUAAGUGUCGUCACCGUUGAUGGAGGUGUCGUGGAAAAUGUUACUGUUAACCCCGAGGCGGAGCAGGAUCCACAUGUUCCGCAGAUUGAGCAGACCAAUGAGAAUCCCCGCUCCUACACCUCGACGGAGGCGCAAACGGAAGUGGGACCCCAAAUUGGUCCGCAAAUUACUUCACUGCCUACUCAGGAAGCGAAUGAGGUACGCGAUGCAAGAAGAUGGGAGAGGAGAAUGAGGAGACAGCAUCGAAGAGCCUUACGAUCAUGUUCGAUGCCACCGACUUAUCCAGGUGAUCAUGGAUGCGUGGUCUCAACGACUGCACCAGGAGUGCCACUUGUGCCCCCUGUGGGAGGCUUUUUGCAUCCUCCGCCACCUCACCUAGGUCUCCGGGGCCUUAGUCUGGGUCUACCUUUCCCCGUUCCAGCUAGUGUCUCCGCCUUCGGCAGGGACGCAGUGCCAAAGCAAUGUUGUGGAUUGGGCUCGCCUCCCGUUCGUUGGUCCAUCCUUGGCGUUGGAAUCGUGGGACUUGUUUGCGCAGGGGCUGGGGUGCUCUUAGGGGCUCUCAGGGCAACAGGUCGUGAUCAUUUUGCUGUUGCUUUACUCAUGAUCGGUAUUGGAGUCGUUUUAGUGACUGUGAGUGCAGUAGCGUGGCGAGUGACCUGUCGAGAAAACUGCGGGAGUUUCUUUGGCUUCACGGGGAUUUCGGGAAGGAUUCCACCGGCAAGGCCAAUGCAUCCAUACGCUGCCAUGAUUUAUCCCGAAUUUCAAUUCAGGACCCCACCUCCAAGCUACCAGGCGAGUAUGCAGGAAUAUAGACUUCGAUUGUUAUUGCUGGACCGUCUGCAACCUACGUCAUCGCCACCGCCAACUUAUAGGUCGAAUGCUGGAAGCAUUGUGACGCCUUGCACCACAACGAGAGAGAGUCGACCGCCAAGUUAUUGUGGACGAGCGAACGUGACACCAACAGCUACUUUGGUACCAUCAAAAAAGGACGCGAAUCUUGUCAGGAUUGUUCAAACAGAAUCCGAGCCCGUCAUUCUUAGUGGCGAUCAAACGCCUCCGGUUGCAGCUGUCGAAGUGUUGGCCCAUCUUUAGCCCGGCUUCACUUUAAUAAGGAUUCCCUCAAAUCCUUUAUUCAUGUAAAUAUACGAACUCUUCACAAAAGAUUUUAAAAAAAGAAACGUUUUCAACACACCCAACGAAUUAUAAUGCCACAAUGGAAAACUGUUUUCCAUUCCUAGCCAAAGAUUAUUCUAUAUUUUUCAAGAAAUUCUUUUCUAUUUAUUUUUCACUUCCAAAAUUUACAGAAAAAAAAGUUUUAAUGAAAUUCGAAAUUGGAUCAAAUUCAAUUAGUUUCAUUAGUUUUUUAUUUGAAAAAAUAUUUGAGUCUAUAAAAGAUGAGAGAGCAGGGCAAAAAAAAAAAAAAAACUAAGCAGAUUCGAUUAGUUUCUAUACCUGAACUAUGGUGCUAACUAAUUAUUAUGUGCGACGUGAAUGAUUUCAAAUAUAAUAAAACUGAGAUAUCUCGACCAGUUUAUGAGAUAACUGAAGGAAAUUUCUUAGAAGAAUUUUUACAACUACCUGACUUCUAUAUAUCUCUUGGAGGUCUUAUAGAACAAACUUCUUUUAAUGUGAGAACCAAAGAAAAAAAAAAAUAACAUCUUUUAUUAUACCAUGGCUCCUUCAUAGUUUCAGAACUUUAUGCAUUGUCUUAUUGCAAUUUUAUUUAUUAUUAUUAUUAUCUUCUAUAUAUUUUUGCACCUGCUUGAAAUUGGUCCAUUGUUACGUAAUUGGAGAAAUCUUCAAGUUUAUUUUUACUACUUUUCGCGCAUUUCUUCUUUUUCUAAUGAAUUAUAAUAAAAUCUUUUCGAUUAAUAUAAUUUAUUUAUUACAAAAAGAUUUCCUUAUUUCUCAUCUGAUGAAAUAAUAAUUAUUGAAAAUUAUUUUUCAAACUGUUCGAAUAAAAAGUAGGUCAUAUUUUUCAAAAAAAAAAUAAAAGAAAAUUUAUUUCGGGAACUGAUUAGAUGAAAUAUAGAUAAAUAAAUAUAGAAUAUUAUAUCUCGUAUUAUUAUAUAUAAGAAAUAAAACAGAUAAUGAAUUUUUAUAUAUAUAUGUAUAUAUUAUAUAGAAUGCCUUAGAAAAAUCUUAAAAGAUUACUAUUAUUAAGAUUGCUGAUAAUUCAGGGUGGGUUCUUGCCCCUUGUAAUCAACUUACAAUAUCCUGUUGAACAAACCAGGUGUGCAGGCAGUGUAUUGGAACAAUCCAGGAAGAGGAAUAAAUUACAGAAUCUAAAUAGUCACUGGGUCACUGACCGCAGUAAUAAUACACUUCCAACUUUGAUUCAGAAAAUUAAUGUUACUUGAAACUUUAGUCCAAGAGACAAUAAAAUAUAUCAACAAAAACCGUCUCAUAUUUAUAUAUAAAAAAAAAAAAAUAUUUACAUUUCUCAUUCGUGAAAUAUUUUUUCAAAUAUUUACAUUCUUGAAAUCGUUCACAUUAUAACAAAAAGGAAAUUAAUAAUUCAAUGUGAUAAUAAAAAAUACAAGUAACUAAUUCUUAAAUUAAUAAUGAAAUUAUUAAUUUUAGAAUUAAUAAUGAUUUCUAAAAUUUAAUAAUUGAAAAUUAUUAAAUAAUAAAUAUAUAUAGUUAAAUUCAAAUGGCAAAGAAGAGAUGGAAAAUACAGAAGUGUCUUUGUGACGAAAAUAAAAAGAAAACUGUUUUCUCAUUUGUGGUGGCUUUUAGAUAAAUCUUCGAAAAAAAUUAAAUGACUCUUUCGAAUAAGACAGCUGGACUUAGGGGUUUUUUUUUUUUUGGUGACUGAGCCCACAAGCAGCUGUUUGAAAGUUUCUCUAAAAAGUUUAGGUCGUAAGUGGAGAAGAGAAAGAGAAAACGACCAAGUCAACUCUUCUCUAUUUUUGUCUGUAAAUAGUUUAUGAGUCGUCGAGAUUAUAAAAGAAUCUGCGUCUCAAACGACAUAAAAAUGCUUUCGAUGUCUUUAUUCGCUUUUAAAAAAAAGGGCUUCGAUAUUUCCCUGAAACCUUCCAAAAUGAAUCGUAUAUAUAUAUAGGAAAUAAAUAUAUAAAAACUGUAAAGUUUUUUUUCAACUUUUUUUUUUUCUUUUCAACCAAAGGGUCAAUGAUUUUCGAUCCCCGUCAUUUAUCUAAAAUGUUCUCGUGUUCUGUAAUUUAUCUCUAGCGACUUUUUGUUCUCCGCCUAAUUCAAGUAGGAAGUCUCAUCAAUUUUAAAAGUGGCUUUCGUAAACGCUGAUGGAAAAAUUCUCUCGAACAAUUUUUGUGUGUUGAAAGAUUUAAGUCAUCUGUUAUUUGAUUAAAGUAUAAAUUUUCUAUUUUUUUUAAUUUUUUUGGCUAAAGGACUUAUUUUUCAGGUUGUAAAUAUCUUCCAUUAAGAUUGUAUUUUAUUUUUUUUUGUAAAAAUGUUUCAACGUGAAUGAAUAUGGGAUGUUAAAUAUAUUGCAAUACUUGGCACUGAUCGAUUAAUUUGACUUGAAAAUAAAAUUAAGAAUAUAUAGAUUAGCGAUAUUCAUGAAUUUAAAAUGUAGCUCCAUGUUCUGCAUAUGCGUGCUUAGUAAUCGGUAUAAUCAUAUAAAGUUGAUUGUGGAUCGCUGAUACAUUAUUGCACGCGUGUGAAUUCAUUGGCGUAAUACCUACAUAAUAAUCGUUGCAUUUUAUGCCUUGAUUAGCAAUCUACGAUUCCUAUUUCUUUUUCUUUUUUUUUUUUUUUUUUUUUUAUAUAAAUGUAUAUAGUGAAUCAAUUCCUGAAGAAUAAGUCUCAAGAUUUUAAAACAGAAAUUCGAAUGAAAAGAAAAUUGAUUUUAAAUCAAAAGAUUGUAAAUGUAAAUCUUCGCGAGCCAAUUACAAAUUAACGAGACUUUUUGAAUAAACUUAAAAUACUUUAUCAAAAAUUAUUUUACUUUUAUAUUUCAAAUUUUACAAUGGAAGUUUGUAUUUUCAGAUUAAAAAAAAGUAUAUUUGAACCUUUUUUACAUUCUAAAUGAAACUUAUGGAACUCUAGAAAAAGUUCGAUUUUCUCCAAGUGCCAUUUUCGGACUUUUAUGGAGUUCCGUGUAUAAAAUUUUAUUUUCCAACCCCCCUAUAUACCGACAAUCUGGGUCCUUUUUCAUUUUAAAAUGGAGAAAGGGAAGAAGCAAUAAUUUUUUUUUUCCAAAAGAGAAAUUUUAAUUUAAAAGUCAAGAGGAUUUCUUUUUUACGACUUCUUUUGUAGCUAGGACACAAUUUUUACUUUAAGAGGACUUCAUAAAGAAAAAGUGUUGUUUUAAAAAGUAUAAAAUAUGAGGAGGUGGAAGAGUUCUAUUUUUUUUUGUCAGUCAUUAUUAUUAGUAUUAUAAACGAGUGGAGAUAAUUGAAAAAAAAAAUGAUGAAUUUAAAAGAUCAGUGUCACAUUCACACGAAAGAUAAAACUAAAAAGCGUGAAGACCGUGCUACUUGUGUAUAUAUAUAUGUUCAAAUUAAGCUGACCAUCGCGAUGUGGUCUUCCAACACUUUCAUCAUGUCCCAAAUCCAAUAUGGUGACUUUCUUUGCAAGGCUGAAAAACACUUUCUUAUGUGUGAUAUCAAUCGCACCCACAUGACUCGACCGUAUUUCCUUGGAAUGCAGAAUGGAUUUUUGCAUUGAGGGAAGGAACAAUACAAUGAUUAUAAGAAAGGUGAAACAAAUUUCACACGAAUUUCUAUACUUGUAAAACAACAGAGUGCCAUAUAACUCUAACGGAUGUUCAGCUGAUUAGAUACAUAUAUAUAUUUUUUUUCAGAAACAGUAUACUUUAUUACUUGUGGACUAACGAUCUUAGUUGAGUAAUCAGUGAUUUUAUUUCUCGAGUUAUGCACGAAAAGAUAAUUUAUACCAGAGAUCUUUUUCCGCAACUGUAAAUUCUAAAUUGAAUUCUUGAAAAUAUUCUCUUAUAUUUUAGAUUAUUUCAAAAGAGAAAUUGAUAAUAUAAAAGAAAUAUUUAUUCUUAAAAAAUUUGGAUAUCCCUGAUAUGAAAAGUUGAAGAGUAUUUUAGAAAAUAAAGAGAUUUAUUUUGAUGAGAAAUUUGUUUCCCAUACAAAUGUUUUUCUGCCUUGCAAAGAAAAAAAAAAAGAUAUAUUGUGUAAAAAAGAUUCGAAUAUUAAAAAAAAAACCUACUGAAAAUUUGUAUGUAUUAUAUUUAAAAGUAUUAGAUGUAUUUUAGAAAGACUUGUUGUGGGUGAAACUCAAGACAGUCGAAAUAAGAGCCACGAGAACAAUAAAAUGUGUAGUGUAUAAGUAGAUAGAAUAAAAAUGGCCAAAUCCUCGAUUGUAUUUGUAUGAGAUGGAAGUUGUGUGUGCGAAACAGGUCGAACCGAUAAGAGUCUCUUUCUCUCUCUCUCUUUUUAGACAAAUACAUUUUUUUCUAAUGAUUUUACGACACGAAAGUAACUGUCUAGUUAACACGAUCCUUAUCGGUUGUUAAUGCUCUCUGAAAACAAUGUACAUUAGGAAAAGCAUAACGAGUGUCAAUGCAACGCUUUGCGGCAUAUUGUCGACGAAAUUACAAAAACAAAAAAAAAAAAUUUAUUUAAUAAAUAAAAAAAAAUAAAUAAAAUUCAAGAAAUUUAAAUUUUUAUGAACAAUUUUUAAUCACAUUUGUGACGAACAAGAGACAGAAUUUAUCGAUUACACAUUUUUCUGAAAUUCUAAAUUUAAUAAUAUAUUUUUUCCUGAAUAAAACAGUAUUAUCUUUUUCUUUAUAAUAUAUAAAAGACUUUUCUGAUGAUAAUGCAAAUUGUUCUGAUUGUAACAUUGUGUGUAGAAAAUAUUUUGAACAAUUCAAUAGAAUAAAUUUUCGAAUUUUAAAUGUGGUAUAAAAGAAGAAAAUAGAAUUUUACUGAUUCAAGAUUUCUUGUUAUUCGUUAAAAUACGAAAAGUUUCUUAAAAAUGUUCUCUAUAAGCGUUGUAGCCAUAAGUAUAAUACUUUUUUGAAAAAAAAGUACCCGCCCGAUGUAUUCAAGCUUUUAUCGAGAGAGAUGUCGUUGUUUUGUAAAUAUAUUCUAUAAUAUAAAAAUAAUUGAAAAUGUAUAUUGUUAUAAAAACAGUUCUUCUGCUUUAUGUCGGUAAACUGUUAAAGGCUGGACUCCAAACUGAUUAAAAAAAUAACUUAAUAGAUUCAAGAAUCAACUUAUUCUUUGUUUUGUCAUUCUUGUGAAAAAAUAUUAUAAGAGAAUAAAAAAAUUGUUUAAAUAAAUUAUGAAAAAAAUUGAUAAAUUGAUAUAAAUCAGCCAAAAAAUUUAUUUAUAACAUUUUUCUACAUUAAUUUUCUUAGUUGCUUUAUCUGAAAAAUUUUAAGAAAAAUUUUUCGAUUGUCUUUUUCGUUUAAACAAUUUUACAAAUUAAUAUUUUUUCGUAUGGGAUUACAUAGUAAAAUAUUAUAAAAAAUUGAAAAAUACAAUUUAAAAUUAAAUCUUGAUUUGGCGUCAAAUUUUUAAGGAUUCAAAUAAAAAAUAUGAAAACUAUAAUAUCUUAUAUGAAUUAAGUGCAUGAUCUUGAAGUAUUUUUGUAAACAUCUGUUAUUUAAAAAAAGAGUCUUUAAAAUUCUAUAGCCUAUAAAAAUUGUGUCGUUAGGACCAAUUUCUGAUGUUGGUAGGAUAGUUUUGGGAAAAGUGCUUGAUACUCAAUACCAAACUAAUGAUUCGUGAUAUGAGAAAUGUUUAUCAUUAAUUAAGUCAUUGAUUGAGUAAGUAGUUCCUUAAUAUUGGAGAAUUUGUAUAUUGACGAAAGUAAAUAAAAUAUAUUUAUCUGACUACAUAAA